AUGAUUCACAAGAAAAAUCUUCUGCUCCUGUACGAUCGCCCCCGGGAGCCAAUUUUUAUGGGCAAGGGAAAGGCCAUAUUUGACGUGCCGGACAACUACCUGACCGAUCGAUACCGCCCCAUUGGUCCGGAAAUUCAGAACCGGUUCGGGGAGCAAGCGGAGGAGCGAAUUCCGGUGCGAAGCAUCGCCCUGCCCGAUCUGCGCAUUCCGAUGUCGUUGGGCCGGCAGGAGCAGUUUUCGUUGUUCAUCCCACGCCAUCGGAAGAUUGCGGCCCGGCUGAUUGAUAUCUUUAUGGGAAUGCGCAACAUCGAAGACCUGCAGAGUUGUGCCGUAUUUGCCCGGGACCGCAUUAACCCGUACCUGUUUAACUAUGCCUUCUCGGUGGCUCUACUGCACCGUCGAGACACCAAGGAUCUCGAUCUGCCGACGAUCGUUGAAGUCUUCCCGGAUAAGUAUGUCGAUUCGAAGGUGUUCGAGCAAGUGCGUGAAGAAGCCACCGUUGUGCCCGAGGGAAUGCGAAUGCCGAUAGUAAUUCCAAAGGACUUUACCGCGUCCGAUUUGGACGAAGAGCACCGCUUAUGGUACUUCCGGGAGGAUAUCGGGGUCAACCUACACCACUGGCAUUGGCAUCUCGUAUAUCCGUUUGAUGCUUCCAAUCGGGCUAUAGUGGACAAGGAUCGUCGCGGGGAGCUGUUCUACUACAUGCAUUCUCAGCUGAUUGCUCGAUAUAAUUUCGAGCGAUUUUGCAACCGACUGCAACGAUGUAAGCGCCUUAACAAUCUCCGCGAACCGAUUGCGGAAGGUUACUUCCCGAAACUGGACUCGCUGGUGGCUAGUCGAACCUGGCCGGGUCGGGUUAACAAUGCGGUCAUCAAGGAUCUGAACCGUGAAGUCGAUCAAAUCAAGCAGGACGUUGCCGACGUGGAACGGUGGAUCGACCGAAUCUACGAAGCCAUACAUCAGGGCUAUGUGGUGGACGAAUCAGGAAACCGCAUCGCAUUAGAUGAGGAAAAGGGUAUCGAUAUCCUGGGUAACAUCAUCGAAUCGUCGAUUCUGUCACCGAAUCGUCAACUGUACGGGGACAUGCACAACGCCGGGCACGUUUUUCUGUCGUACACGCACGAUCCGGAUCAUCGUCAUCUGGAGUCGUUCGGGGUGAUGGGCGAUGUGGCAACGGCCAUGCGCGAUCCGGUGUUCUUCCGGUGGCAUUCGUUCAUCGAUGAUAUUUUCCAGGAGCACAAGAUCAAGCUCGCACCGUACACGAAGCGACAGCUCGAGUUCGAAGGAAUUUCCAUUACGGGAACCAUGGUCCAAUCGGAGGGUGCACCGGCCAACACGCUGCAUACCUUCUGGCAGCAGUCGGAUGUGGACCUAUCGCGUGGGAUGGACUUUGUGCCGCGCGGUAACGUUUUUGCAAGAUUCACGCACCUCCAGCACGCCCCCUUCAUUUACACCAUUCAGAUCGAAAAUGCUUCGGAUGUCCAACGAAUGGGAUUCGUACGAAUCUAUUUAGCACCCCGUAACGACGAACGCGGUCAGCCAAUGCCGUUCCGGGAUCAGCGUUUGUUCAUGGUGGAAAUGGAUAAAUUCCUGGUUGCACUUCGCCCGGGCUCGAACCGCAUCCGACGCCGAUCGCACGAGUCUACCGUAACCAUUCCGUUCGAGCGAACUUUCCGCAAUCUGGACACUAACCGGCCGGAGACGGGAACGCCCGAAGAGGAAUCCUUUAUUUUCUGUGGCUGCGGAUGGCCGCUUCAUAUGCUGAUUCCGAAAGGGCUACCGGAAGGCUUCCCGACCGAUUUGUUCGUUAUGGUGUCCAACUACGAGGAAGAUCGUGUCGUUCAGGAUCUAGUCGGGACGUGCAACGAUGCGGCGUCGUAUUGCGGCGUUCGCGAUCGGCUUUACCCGGAUCGGAAGGCGAUGGGAUAUCCGUUCGAUCGGUUGGCUCGAACCGGUGUUGAUCGGUUGGCGAAUUUCCUGACUUCGAAUAUGGCCGUCCAGGCGGUUAACAUCAUCCACAUCGAUAAGACGGUACCGAGGACUUAGGCUCCUUGUGGGGAAUAUUUUGU